AUGCCAACACACCACAUGGUGUCGCAUUCCUCUGUAGUGCGUGAGGCAGGCUUUGAAAUACUGUGUUUUAAUGGGUGUUUGUUCUUCUUCCUGGUGCGUAAUAAUAAGAAUAAGGUGGUGACUGUGGAUAACAUGAAAGUCAAAAUCCAGAUUUGGGACACGGCCGGUCAGGAGAGGUUUCGCAGUGUUACUCACGCAUACUACAGAGAUGCUCAGGCUCUGCUGCUGCUGUAUGACAUCACGAGAAAGUCCUCCUUCGACAACAUCAGAGCCUGGCUGACUGAAAUCUAUGAGUAUGCACAGAAGGAUGUGGUCAUCAUGUUGCUUGGCAACAAGUCAGACAUGGCUGCUGAGAGGGUGAUCACACAUGAAGAAGGGGAGAAGCUGGCUAAGGAAUAUGGAGUCCCUUUCAUGGAGACAAGUGCCAAGACUGGUGUCAAUGUGGAACUCGCUUUCCAUGCCAUAGCAAGAGAACUCAAGCACAGAAACAUCCAGCAGCCCCACGAGCCCAAGUUCAAGAUCCAUGAUUACAUCGAGUCACAGAAGCAGAAGUCCAACUGCUGCGGCGGCCUCAUGUGACCAACACUACAGAUAUCCGUACACCAAGACGUGUGUGAAUGUCUGAAACGUGCUUUGUUUCGAUGUGUCCGAUCCCCCAGACCCCUGUUCGCUUUAUAGUCAGGAAUAUACAGCCAAAUACUGCUGAGGUGCAUCAGAGUAAUAUGUUUCUGCUUUAAAAACUGUAUUAAUCCAGGUGUGUACAGUAUCCAGGUGUGUCUGAUUAGUCCAGGUACGUUUGUUUGUGUAACGUGGUUUCCGGGUUUCUUCUCUGAUGGUUAUAGCCUCUACCUACACACGGCAUAAAAUAUAUUAGUAUUGUAUUACAUUAUAUGCCACGCAAAUGUGCUCGAAUUGGGCGGUGAGCUUGUGUCUGUAGUGUUUUUAUAUAUAAAAUUCUUUACUGUAUAUUUGAGUGUCUUGCCGAGUCAAAAUAUCAGCUGCAGUACGUAACUUUUGGCGCUCUAGUGGUUAAUAAACAGAACUGCAUGCGUCUUGCGGAAGAACAUUGUAG